AUGACAUCCGUUGCACCUACAAAGGCCUGGGCUGACGAGCCCAUAAAGCUCAUCACCACACCGCAGUACGCGACCAAGAAGACGGACAUCUUCACCUCGGGUGCCACCCACAUGGCCCUGCUGCACAACUCCAUCUUCCGCGGCUACAACUCCAUCUACCAGCAGGCUGCUCAUGUUGCCGACCAGGACAAGGCCGACUUCGUUGGCUACUGCUUGACCUGGCACCGAUUCGUCAAGUCUCACCAUGACGACGAAGAGCAGUCGCUGUUCCCCAAGAUCGAGGACCUCUUGCAGGACAAGACUGUUUUCGACGAGACCCACAAGGAGCAUGAGGCAUUCCUGCCCGGUCUGGCCGAAUUCGAAAAGUACCUUGGCGGUCUCAAAAGCCCCAACGACUUCUCGGGCGACGAGCUGCUUCGCAUCAUGGGUACCUUCCAAGACUCCUUUUCCGAACACUUCCACAGCGAAAUCUCCACCAUUUCCAAGCUCUCCGAGCACGCCAACGUCCCUAAGGAGGGAACCCCCGAGCAUACAGCAGCCGUCACCACCUUCAAGACAUGGGGCAAGGCGACUGUGACAAAGGCCGGCGUGACGGACUGCGUACCCUUCUUCCUUCUCAACCUUGACCGCACGGUUGAGGACGGCAUGUGGGCAAACUGGCCACCCAUGCCUGCUCCCAUCAAGUGGGGUUUAGUCAACAUUGCCGGUGCUCUGCACUCGGGCUGGUGGAAGUUUUCUUCUUGUGAUGCUGCUGGUCGGCCCAAGGAGUUGUGGGCUCUGCGUAAUGUUGAAAAGUUGUGA